GGAGUCUAGUUUCCCUGGUGAUGGGUUGCCCGGCGGUCGCCUGGUAACCGGCCGCGGAGGUCUUGGCUGAGCCAGCGCAGGCCGCGGAGGUCUGUGGGCCGGGGCUGACGCUGGACUCUUUCUGUCUGUUCCGCGAUGGCAGCGGCAGUGGUCACGCCGUCGGGUUUGGAGGAUGGGGUUUCUCGGUCCCGUGGCGAAGGGGCAGGGGAGGUGGUCGUGGAACGGGGCCCCGGCGCGGCCUACCACAUGUUCGUGGUGAUGGAGGACCUGGUGGAGAAGCUGAAGUUGCUCCGCUAUGAGGAGGAUCUCCUCCGGAAAAACAACCUGAAGCCCCCGUCCAGACACUAUUUUGCACUGCCUACCAAUCCUGGGGAACAGUUCUACAUGUUUUUCACUCUUGCUGCUUGGUUGAUUAAUAAAGCAGGACACCCCUUUGAGCAGCCUCAAGAAUAUGAUGACCCUAAUGCAACAAUCUCUAACAUAUUAUCUGAACUUCGAUCAUUCGGGAGAACUGCAGAUUUUGCUCCUUCAAAAUUAAAAUCGGGUUAUGGAGCACAUGUAUGCUAUGUUCUUGACUGUUUAGCCGAAGAAGCAUUAAAAUAUAUUGGUUUCACUUGGAAAAGACCAACAUACCCAGUGGAAGAAUUAGAAGAAGAAACUGUUGCAGAAGAUGAUGCAGAAUUAACAUUAAAUAAAGUGGAUGAAGAAUUUGUGGAAGAGGAGACAGACAAUGAAGAAAACUUUAUUGAUCUCAGCGUUUUGAAGGCCCAGACCUAUCGCUUGCAAAGUCUAGGCCCUGAAAAGUGUGCCCUUAAGUAUCAUGGUGACUCAAGAAGCUGGGUGUACAUGAGCAUUUUCCUGAGAUUUGUGGUAAAUGGAGCACGAGAAAAGGAUAUGAACGAGUCUGCCAAACAAGAAGAUAUUUUGGAAUCCACAACAGAUGCUGCGGAAUGGAAUCUAGAAGUGGAACGUGUACUACCACAACUGAAAGUCACGAUCAGGACUGACAAUAAGGAUUGGAGAAUCCAUGUUGACCAAAUGCACCAGCACAAAAGUGGAAUUGAAUCUGCUCUAAAGGAGACCAAGGGACUUUUGGACAAACUUCAUAGUGAAAUUAGCAGGACUCUGGAGAAGAUUGGCAGCCGAGAAAAGUACAUCAACAAUCAGCUUGAGCACUUGGUUCAGGAAUAUCGUGCAGCUCAAGCCCAGCUGAGUGAGGCAAGGGAGCGUUACCAGCAGGGAAACGGUGGAGUAACUGAAAGGACCAGACUCCUGUCUGAGGUUACAGAAGAGCUAGAAAAGGUAAAACAAGAAAUGGAAGAAAAAGGCAGCAGUAUGACUGAUGGUGCUCCUUUGGUGAAGAUUAAACAGAGCUUAACGAAGCUGAAGCAAGAAACUAUUCAGAUGGACAUUAGAAUCGGUGUUGUGGAACACACAUUACUCCAGUCAAAACUGAAGGAGAAGUCCAACAUGACCAGGGACAUGCAUGCCACAAUCAUUCCAGAAUCUGCAAUAGGCUCUUAUUAAAACAUAUCGUUUUUCAGG